AGACCGUCCCAGAUGGCCUCGGGGCGGCCUGUGCGUGGAGCUGAUCUCUGGGGCUGCUAGCCUUCCGGCGCUCUCUGGUCGCCUUAUGCUGCGGGCUGCGGCCGCCUGCCUCCGCUGGGAUUGGCGGCGCUGAAGCGCCGGGGCAGCGUGCGACAUGUCUUCGGGCCUCCGCGCUGCCGACUUCCCCCGCUGGAAGCGCCACAUUGCGGAGGAGCUGAGGCGCCGGGACCGGCUGCAGAGGCAGUCGUUCGAGGAGAUCAUCCUGCAAUAUAACAAGUUGCUGGAAAAGUCGGAUCUUCAUUCAGUGUUGGCCCAGAAACUACAAGCUGAAAAGCAUGAUAUACCAAACAGGCAUGAAAUAAGUCCUGGACAUGAUGGCACAUGGAAUGACAGUCAACUACAAGAAAUGGCUCAGCUGAGGAUAAAACACCAGGAAGAACUGACUGAAUUGCACAAGAAACGUGGGGAGUUAGCUCAGUUGGUGAUUGACCUGAACAACCAAAUGCAGCAGAAGGACAGGGAGAUGCAGAUGAAUGAAGCAAAAAUUGCAGAAUGUUUGCAGACUAUCUCUGACUUGGAGACAGAGUGCUUGGACCUACGCAGCAAGCUUCAAGACCUUGAGGUAGCCAACCAGACCCUGAAGGACGAAUACGAUGCCCUGCAGAUCACUUUUACUGCGUUGGAGGAGAAACUGAGGAAAACUACUGAAGAAAACCAGGAGCUGGUCACCAGAUGGAUGGCCGAGAAAGCCCAGGAAGCCAACCGCCUCAAUGCAGAGAACGAAAAGGACUCCAGGAGACGGCAAGCCCGGCUGCAGAAAGAGCUUGCUGAAGCAGCAAAGGAACCACUGCCAGUUGAACAGGAUGAUGACAUUGAAGUCAUUGUGGAUGAGACCUCAGAGCACACAGAGGAGACCUCGCCUGUGCGAGCUAUCAGCAGAGCAGCCACUAAGCGACUCUCGCAGCCUGCUGGAGGCCUUCUGGAUUCUAUCACUAAUAUCUUUGGGAGACGCUCUGUCUCUUCCUUUCCAGUCCCCCAGGAUAAUGUGGAUACUCAUCCUGCUUCUGGUAAAGAUGUGAGGGUACCAACUACUGCCUUAUGUGUCUUUGAUGCACAUGAUGGAGAAGUUAAUGCUGUACAAUUCAGUCCAGGUUCCCGGUUACUGGCCACAGGAGGCAUGGACCGCAGGGUUAAGUUAUGGGAAGCAUUUGGAGACAAAUGUGAGUUCAAGGGCUCCCUGUCUGGUAGUAAUGCUGGAAUUACAAGCAUUGAAUUUGAUAGUGCUGGGGCUUACCUCUUAGCAGCUUCAAAUGAUUUUGCAAGCCGAAUCUGGACUGUGGAUGAUUAUCGAUUACGGCACACGCUCACAGGACAUAGUGGGAAAGUGCUCUCUGCUAAGUUCCUGCUGGACAAUGCACGGAUCGUCUCAGGAAGUCAUGACCGGACGCUCAAACUCUGGGACCUUCGCAGCAAAGUCUGCAUAAAGACAGUGUUUGCAGGAUCCAGUUGCAAUGAUAUUGUCUGCACAGAGCAGUGCGUAAUGAGUGGACAUUUUGACAAGAAAAUUCGUUUCUGGGAUAUCCGGUCAGAGAGUGUGGUUCGAGAAAUGGAGCUAUUGGGGAAGAUCACUGCCUUGGAUCUAAACCCAGAAAGGACUGAACUUCUGAGUUGUUCCCGUGAUGACCUGUUGAAAGUCAUUGAUCUGCGGACAAAUGCCAUCAAGCAGACGUUCAGUGCACCUGGAUUCAAGUGCGGCUCUGACUGGACUAGAGUUGUCUUCAGCCCUGAUGGCAGUUACGUGGCAGCAGGCUCAGCUGAGGGCUCUCUCUAUGUCUGGAGUGUGCUUACAGGGAAAGUGGAGAAGGUUCUUUCAAAACAGCACAGCUCCUCCAUCAACGCGGUGGCGUGGUCUCCCUCCGGUGUUCAUGUUGUCAGUGUGGACAAAAGCAGCAAAGCUGUGCUGUGGGCACAGCCUUGAUGGCCUUUAGGAGAGGCGCAGAGACUCGCACAGCCCUGUCCUGUGGGCACAAGUCCUUCCCGAGAAGAGCUCAAGCCAUGUGGCACGGUGGCCUUCCUUGGAUGGGAAUACUGAAAAUAUUGACUCUGCUCUCUAAUGGCCUGGAAGAACCAACACUGAAACAGCCUGACCCUGCAAGUCACCUGGCCGAGGUUCGGGCUCUUGCCCUGUUGGGGUGGGAAACACUACUAGCUCUGAUCUUCCAUACCUCAUUGGGGAGCACAGGGUCCCCACUGGGUCUCCUCACUGGGUGACAGUGCCAAUGACAUCCCACAUGUCUGGGUUGGUUCCCAGCUGUGCUUCUCCCAUCCUUCCAGCGUCGGUUCUACCUGAUGCAUACCCUUCGCCUGGAGGUCCUUUGCCCAGUGGACUUGCUCUAAGCAUUGGCUUAGAGGAAACCCCAAACACGUGGUCUGGGGUUGUCACAGGGCUCUCGUGAUCUCGUCUUAUUACUGCUGAAACUUGAGGUCUCUUGACUGGUCUUCAGAACCUUGACUCCCUUCCGCUCAGUUCUUCUACGUAUCUACUUUUUGGUCAAGGAAUGAAUAUAAAUUUGGUUAAAAAUCUCUUUGAGAUAGGCAAGGACAUGUGCCAACCUUUUCCAGUGAGGCGGGUUUGUGGCAGAGUUGAAGAAUGUGCUCCUGUAUCACUCUGCAGAUGCCCAGAAGGUGGGUGCUUGCCACGUUCACACUGAUGACGAAGAAUUUAAGACCUCUGAUGUAUUUGCUCCGAAGCUGGUGGUGGUGACUCCAGCCACUGCCCUCUGCCAGUCCUGCCUGUGCCGACUUCAGAGUUCAGUGCACGAAGCCCAGUCUGGGGAGCAUGGCAGUGUAGUGUUCCCUGUUGGGCCAUGAUGAAGGCUGGGACAUUCAUCCUUACCAUUUUACCUGCGUAAGAUUUUAGUUCUGGUCUGGGUGUCCAGAACACCAUGUUUUUAUCACAUUUUAAUUUGCACUUUAUUUUAUUAUUUUUUUUUCCUUCUACAAUUGUUCUCUGGACAGUUAGGGACACGAGUGCCAGAGCAGGAGGAGAAAGGAGUGAGGCAUCUUUGCUCUGACAGGUACAUCGUCUCCAUUCUCCGUCCUUUCCCUCCUUGCGUCUUCCUUUUCGGUUUGCCAUUCAGAGAACUUGCAUUGAGGGGAGUGGAAAUUCACAGCCGGGCACAUCUUUUAUUUAUUUAUGUAUGUUGCCCAACAGAACUUGAUUGUAAAUUAAAAAAAAAAGAAAAGAAAAGCAAAACUGUUAUCUUUUCAAAUUGACUGGUUUUUCUGGUAUUUAUUCUUUGUAAAUAAUGGAUAGUACUUUGCCGCUGUUUUCUUGUUCAUCACAUCACCUCAUCCCACACAUCAUCACUCCAUAUAAAGCAUCAAUAUUCCCGUUUCACAUCCUGUGCAAAUCUUAACUGACCUGGGUGAGUUUCUUCAGAACUUCAUCAUUUCUGGUAUAGGAGCCAAACAUCCUGAUCCUCCUGCAGGACACCUUUGUCCACAGGGUGUGUGACCUGAUGUGUCUCCUUUGGGCCUUGAGCUGAAGAGGCAUGAAUUGGGGUUCUAGAGUGACUUACCUGUGGCACCUCAGAUACCUAACAUGCGGAAGAGCCAACAUAUGAUGUCACCACUCUGAAGGGACACUCAGACAACGUGCAUAGGCUUAGCCCCAAAACCUAAUCUGGUUCCCACAAUCGGGGCUGAAACAGCCAGCCUUGCAAAAUUGAAUGAGCCCUUGCAUUUAUUUUCAGAGAGGAAAGUGAUUCUGAAAAUAGGCCUCUAAUAAGCAUCGCAGUUUCCUCAGAUGACCUUGUUUUUGAGAACUUUGAGGGAAACAGGCAGGGCUGCAUUCUGUUUUUCUGUUUGAGCUCCAUCCCACUCUGAAAGUUCUUCAGUUCUUUAACUGCCACAGCUGACAUAAAAGUGUGGGGUCACACAGAACUGGGGAAAGCAGCUUCUGUUCACCCCGCAGCCUCUGCCUCAGUGCCUGAGGUCUCCUGGUGCCCUCCCACUGCUGCUGCUUCCUCUAGUCCAGGGACCAUGCAGAGACAUUCCCAGAUAAUUCCCACGUGCCACCAGCAUUCACAGCUGGUUGACUGCUUCCUGGAUGUUUGAGCCAGAGUGCCCCUUGUUUGUAAGUGGCUCCUACUACAAGACUUGUUUUGGUCCAGACAUUAACAUGUUUUAAAAGCUGAUUAAAGUUUUCUAUGGCUUUAUGUUCCCAGAUACCUCAUAUAUGUUUGUGUGAUGCUGGUGAUUGAACUUAUGGCCUUGCACAUACAAGGCUCUGCCACUGAGCUGCAUCCCCAUCCCCUGACAAUCUUAAACACAUACUGUGUAUGUGCUGCUCCUUG